GAAGAGGAAGAAGGUUUGGAGGAGGUUUUCUUAAACCCCGCUCACCAUGCUCUGGAUGUGACCAAGCAGCUGCUGAGGUUCGCCGACGCCAUCAGUCGCGAUGUGCAGCGCUAUUUCGGUCGCUGCUCCGGUGACCGAGAGGCGUGCGACAUCUACAGCGACUCCAUCUCCAUCACCACCGGUGGGCGUCUGCGUUACUAUGACGACCUGAUGAGAAUAGCGAGAGGAAGUCCUGAGAUGCAGGAGAACAGCUUCAGGGCCUGUCCUGAAGAGCAGAGAGCCGGGGCUGCAAAAGGCAACAGCAGUGGGCUGGGGCCCCUGGCUGAACUGUUUGACCUCAGGGCCCCGAGCAAGGGCCGAGGCCAACCGAUGAUCAAACGACACCUGCCUCUCAGUUUCUGGACCGAGCCGAUCCCCAGCUGCCCUCUGGUCAAUCUGAGUAACACGCUUGACAUCGCACACGGGACCGGCGCCUCGCCUUCGCAGGACCUCACACGCACGGACGAGAACGCGCACAUGCACUAUAACGUCCCAGCGCAGCACAACAUGCACACCCUCGACAGCACUCAGCCAGACUUCAGCGACCUGUUGGCAAACUGGGAUCCAAACCCGGAGCUCACUCACACGCUGACGGAGAACACAAACAUGCAGCACUGA